AUGCAUUACUCCUUUGCUUUGUCAGCUUUCGCUGCCCUCGCCUCAACGGCAUCUGCUUCGCUCAUUAUCAACAACUGGUGCUCCACAGAUGUAUACCUCUACAAGUCAAACAAUGGAGGUUGCAAUGCCGGUACUAAUGGAGCUUGUUCCACUGCUUCCAAUGCUAGCCCUUGGAUCAUCAAAGCAGGCAAGGGAUCUAGCAGCACCCUUACCCUUCCAUGGGACACCGAUGGACACGGAACAUCAAUCAAGAUCGCCAAGACAUCCAACUGGAAAACCACCCCUUCGGUUCUUCAAUUCGAAUAUGCUUGGACAACUGGCCAAUACUCUGCCCUUUACUGGGAUCUCAGCGAUUUGGACGGUUCCGGGGCUGGGCUGGUUGGAACUCCUUUCAUGAAUGAUAACGUGAAAGUUACCCCAUCUGGUACUGGCAGCGGAUCAGGAACUUGCGUGAAGCUCAAGUGCCCUGCAGGUGCUCUAUGCAAGGAUGCGUACAACACCCCCGAUCAAACCGCCACCCGUUCCUGCCCAUUGAAAACCGGAACCAUGUGGUUGGAUCUGUGUGAGCCAACCGGCGGCUUCAAUUCCAGGAGGGAAAUUGGCUUUGAGGCUUAGUCGUUGUUGAUGAUGGAGCUAAAUUUUGGGAGAUGGGAUGAUCUCGCUUAUGGUCGUGCUUUGGAUAGGAGAAAACUUGCCUGGUUGCUGAAGUUUUCCUUUCAUAUGUUCAUAUAUUUGUGAGGGGGCGGGAGGAGUGCGGCACCAUUGUAUGAUAAAUAUGCUGGUGGCUAAUUUAUCUCAUAUGUUUCAUGUACAACUAAAUUUAAAUACCAUGGGAGCGUUGAAGGAGC